UCUGUUCUGCGCGAGAGGCUGCUGGGAGAAGGGUUGCGAACCGGGAACGUGGAGAGUGAGUGGUGGAAGCCGGCUCCAGUAGAACAGCGGCACGUAGGGGAGUCUGUAGGCUGCUGAGCCCACAGUUGCUGUAUUUGUCAAAGGAAUACUGGAACAGUGCUAUGGCAAAGAAAAAAGUGAGAAAUGUUCCGGCGCAGGAGUCCCCGGAUGCAGGACCGACUUGCAAGCAUUUCCGAAAAGCACUAGAGGAAGGAGCGGUGAAAAAGGCGUUGGUGAAUGUGGAAUACACGGUGUGUCAGGACUGCCCAACAGACGGCAGAGAUAAGAAUGGAGAAGAGGAAGAGCGCGAGGAGGGCGCCUCCAUCUGGCUGUGUCUAACGUGCGGCCAUCGGGGCUGCGGGAGGAAUUCGGAGCAUCAGCAUGCGUUGAACCAUUACAAUACUCCCAGAUCCGUCCCACACUGCCUGGUGCUGAGCUGCGACAUGUGGAGUGUCUGGUGCUACAUUUGUGAUGAUGAAGUUCCUUAUACCAACACCAACCGGUUAGGCCAGCUGGUGGAGUAUAUCCAAAAAAAGUCCAAGGCAAACACCAAAAGCCGUAAUUCAGAGCGAGGGGUGGAGACACCUGAAAAAGUGUCGGAGCAAAAUAACAGGAGGACGAGUGAUGAAGAAGACCCCGGUACUCUGGCUGAAGGGGUCAAAGCAUCCAACACCCCCAGUAACAAUAAAGAAACUGCUGUGAAAGGUCUGAGUAAUUUGGGGAACACCUGCUUCUUCAAUGCCGUGAUGCAGAAUUUGUCUCAGACUCCAGUCUUACGAGAGUUUCUGAAUGAAGUAAAAAUACCUCGUAAAAGCGUGGCCAUCGAGCUGCCCGACUCUUCUUGUGAAGAAGUGAUCGUGGAGCAGCUGCCGGGGCCUCUCACUUUAGCGAUGUGCCAGUUUUUGACGGAAAUGCAAGAAACCAAAAAAGGAGUGGUGACCCCAAAAGAGCUUUUCUCUCAGGUCUGUAAAAAAGCUAUACGGUUUAAAGGAUAUCAGCAACAAGAUAGCCAGGAAUUGCUUCGCUACCUCCUGGAUGGAAUGAGAGGAGAAGAGAUUCAGAGAAUAAGUGUGGCAAUGACCAAAGCUUUACAUGACUCUACAGACGAGGAGGAGAUCAAAAAGAAAAUUAAAGACUGUGAAAAGCGUAGAGCGAUCCCGAAUUUUGUGGACAGAUUAUUUGGAGGGGAACUUACUAGCACAAUCGUUUGUGAGCAGUGUCGUACGGUGUCUUUGGUCCAUGAGCCAUUUCUCGACCUCUCCCUCCCUGUUCUGGAUGAUCUGCGUGUAAAGAAGAACUCCAAGAUAGCCAAAAAUAUUUGCGACCAGAAUGUUGACGAAGACAAUGAUAAGUACGUAAAAGAGAAGAGCGACGAGUCCGGACCAAGUAAACAUCUUCAGAAAAAGGCCAAGAAACAAGCUAAAAAGCAGGCAAAGAAUCAGCGCCGACUGCAGAAGAUACAGGAUAAGACGGUGGUGUUCAGUGAUCUGAAUUCCGAGCAGAACGAUGACAGUGGCGACGAAGACGCAGCCUCGAACGAUCCGAUGGAGUCGGAAGUUAAUUCAAAACUGGACGAUGGAUCCGCGCCUAAACAACUUCCCUCGGAGAAAACCAACGUAGACCGCGCGGAAGGCGACGCUGCAUCCGAUACACAGAAUCCAGAAAAUGUCACCAAUUCAAGCCUUGAGGAUACCCAAACAGAUGUAGAAAAACUGGAAAAUUAUAUUGGACUAGAUAAAAAAGAUUUUGAAGAAAACACUAAAUCGGUUAUAGUCGAUGGAGAAAAGAGCAUGGAGGACGGUGCUGCGAAUGUCUACUCUGAGGGUACAGAAAGUCUGAGAAACAAUGUGGUUCUAGAAAAUGAUGAUGAUGAUGAUGAUCACGUGAACGCGGAUAACACUGAGCUCCCAGCUGGAACAUCUUGCACCCUGUUUACUGGUGACACAAGUGCCCCUAAAACAGAGCGUUUCACCCCCGAAGAUCAGUUAACAGAAACUUUAAACCAACUCAAUUUGGAUGCCGAUCUGGGACCUGAGCAAAUUGAGGUGGAAAUAAUUGACAAACAGCCCGCGGCGCAAGUCUACGAAGUAGUGAAUGAAGACCCGAAAACUGCCUUCUCUACCCUCUCGGAAAGAAAGAGUCUUCCGCUGGAUGAAUGCUCUGUGCUUAGUUGUCUUUAUCAGUUCACUAGCAAGGAAGACUUGACCGGCAACAACCAGUUACUGUGUAACGAGUGUACGAGACGACAGCUGAAUAGGCAGAAGAACAAUAGUAAAGGUGAGAAGAAGUUUGUUUAUACGAAUGCCAAGAAGCAAAUGCUGGUAUCCGUCCCUCCUCCCAUCCUUACUUUGCAUUUGAAACGGUUUCAACAAAACGGCUUUAAUCUUCACAAAAUUAAUAAACAUAUAAAAUUCCCCGAGUUGAUAGACCUGGGUCCGUUCUGCACCGUUAAAUGUAAGAACAUCCCUGAAGGAGAGUCCAGACUUCUGUACUCGCUGUACGGGGUCAUCGAGCACAGCGGCACCAUGAGAUCGGGUCACUACACCGCUUACGUUAAAUCGCGGAACCGUAACGCUCCGCUUUGUGACCUGGUUCUUCGAGGAGCGUUCCCUGAAGAGUCCAGUGCUGAGCCGCCCAGGGGUCACUGGUACCACAUCAGUGACAGUCACGUGCAAGCGGUGCCGCUCAGCAAAGUACUGAGCUCGCAGGCUUACCUCUUAUUUUAUGAACGAAUACUGUAACGUUACUGGAAGAUCGUUUUCCUAGCCGCUGAAUCUGCCAAGGAAUAUUUAUUUUAAUUGAACUACACAGACAAGUGGCCUGGGGGGGUUUGGAAUGAAUAUGGGGUUUCAAUGAUGAGCACUGCUGUAAGCCAGAAGUUCCAGCACUGGCCAACUGGAACAGUAGAAUGAAUGAAUAUUAAGAAGAAUGUACUUAAUGGAAGGACGGGGCUGACUGGUUCUGGUCCUGCGGCUACCGGACCUCCGCAGUCUCUUCCAGCAGCUGCACUUAUGCAAUAAAUUGUGUGCAUUUAAUAUUAUACAAACAUUACACGAUCCUUUUUGACCAAA